AUGAUAAGUUAUACAAAAUUCCAAUGUUUUUUAACUUUGGUUUUAUUAUGUUUUGUGAAUUUGGGAUACAGUGCAAAAAUACUAGGAUUAUAUGAAGGUGAUAUUUGCCGGAACGUCGAUGGAGAAACUUCCAACUACAUUUGUAGGACUUUGGAAAAGUGUUCAGUUGCAAUCGGAGAACUUGGGGAAAAAAUUAACCCCCCAAUAUGCUCUUACAACGGAAAUACUACAAUAGUUUGUUGUCCACCAGAAGUUUCGAAAUCAUAUUCUGCCUCUGAAAUGUGUAGAAAGUAUUCAGAAUCAACUUAUCUUAAUGAAACUAACAAUUUUUUGAAAGGCAAUUAUUUGAAUGAGGAAUAUAACAGAGAUUGCUAUGAAGCCAAUCCCUUAAUUACCAGCGGGACAACUGCAGCUGAACCAAAGAAAUUUCCUCACAUGGCUUUGUUGGGUUAUGGUGAAAAACCGGACAAUACAUUAUGGUUUUGUGGAGGAUCCCUGAUAAGUAAUAGAUUUGUACUAACAGCAGCCAACUGCGAAAAAAUUAAUGCUAUAAAUCCGUUAUAUGCAAAAUGGGUUCGCUUAGGUGAACUAGACUAUUCUUCAGAAACGGACGACGCCAAACCUGCAGACUAUAAAAUAGUAGAACGCAUAAUACAUCCAAAUUACAAAUCACCUUCUCUGUACAAUGAUAUAGCAUUGUUUCGUUUAGAAAGAGAUGUAGAUUUCUCGGCAUAUGUACGACCUAUUUGCCUAAAUACAGAUAAUAUAUUAACACCUCCAGCAAUAAUGGCCACAGGUUGGGGAAAAUCUGUUUCAGAUCAAAGUCUUAGCCCACAUUUAUUAGAAGUACGGUUAAACACUAUUUCGGCGGAAGAGUGCGAUAAUCGCUUCUCAAACGUGGCAAACAAAAAAAAUAAAUUAGCAAAAGGAAUAGAUGAAAACUCAAUGGUAUGUACUGACAAUUCGAAAGUUGGAAAUUCAAUUUGUAAAGGCUAUGGAGGUGGGCCAAUUCAAAUAAAACACAAUAGUUACAAAUGUAUGUAUUCUCAAAUAGGAAUAGCAUCAUUUGAAGGAAACAUUUGUGGACAUGAAGGAUCGUCUGCAGUUUUCACACGAGUAUCGAAUUAUAUUUCAUGGAUUGAAAGGAUCGUCUGGCCACAAGUGUAA